AUGCGUCAUUGGGAACGAGUUGGUCUUGGACCAAAUCACAUACCACCUGAUUCGCCCUACCUUCCGAAUCUUCAUACGUCUCUUGGACAACCACAAGUGCGGCCAUUUCUUUCGUGUUCCCCACAGUAUGUGCCGAUGAAUCCGCAAGUCGCUGGAGCAACAUUGUUACACCUCAAUCGCCAAUCUGCGCACUUGCAGCCGAAGAGGUCACAUGGAACCCCCGCGAAUGCGCACGUUGUUCACCAAGGGCAAGCCCCGUUGGAGCGAUCUCUACCGAAUACGCAACAGGGACCCGCUCCAUCAGCUAGUGGGGGAUGCUGUACCAGUAACAAACAUUUCAUAUCCCACGUCAAAGAUGCUGCAGAUCAACUCAGAGAGCUUUCGCAAUGGUUACACCAACAAAUCAACGCACUACGAGACCAAGGAGGCGAAAACCAUACUACCCUUCUGGAAGGUCAGGACAACAUCAAAAACGUUCUAUACCAAAUUCGAAGUUCACAGUACCAGAUUCAAGACGAACAGCGUAUCUUAGAGAGCAAGUUAGACGAGCAAGCAAACGAGAUCUCUCAGCUGCGUAUUUUGUAUGAGAAAGAACAGACCUGCUCAAAGUCGAAUCCUGGUACCAACGAGCGUUCCUUGAAGAGGAAAAGAACCACUCAAAAACCGAAUCCAAAGCGUGUUCGGAGGUCGAAUCAGCAGGAGCGCAUUCGAGAGGCAGGACCAAAUGGUGGAACGGAUCGACGACGAUCUUCGAGAAUAGCACAUGCGAAAGAGGGGACAGCCAAGACGUGA